CCUCCUCUGGUCUGAAUAUAAGAGGUUAUUUUUCUCAAGAUUAUAUCGCCGCCGCCGUCCGUCGCCGUCGUAAAAGGAGCUUCGCCGCCGCCUCCGCCGACCAGCAGCCAUGGUUAACGUUCCGAAGACAAAGAAGACCUACUGCAAAUCAAAGGAAUGCAAGAAGCACACUUUGCAUAAAGUUACUCAAUACAAGAAGGGUAAGGACAGUUUGGCAGCUCAGGGUAAACGUCGUUACGACAGGAAACAAUCUGGUUAUGGAGGUCAAACAAAACCCGUCUUUCACAAAAAGGCAAAAACCACGAAGAAGAUUGUUUUGAGGUUGCAGUGCCAAAGUUGCAAGCACAUGUCUCAACAUGCUAUUAAGAGGUGCAAGCAUUUUGAGAUUGGUGGAGACAAGAAGGGCAAGGGAACUUCUCUGUUUUAGAUUGGUUAAGGUUUUAAUAUUUUUGAUGCCAUUUUUGUUUGUGAUGGAGGAAAGAGUAAGACUAGUUAUUUAUUACCCUGUUUUCAAACUGAAUAUUUCAUCAGUUUAUGAUUUUAAUGUUCAA